AUGCCAAAGAUUCUAGCUGAACCGAGUGGGCACGGUACGAGCUUUCGCUUUGCAGAGACGGCCGGACUGAAGCGGGAGCGGACAGCUACAGUGACGGGGAAGCAACAGCUGGACGAGGCCAGCGAGUGUACCGGAUCACACUAUAAGUCGACGACAGCCGUACAAGAUUCAAGGACUCUUUCUCCCGAUGAUUCCUCAGGAGAAGCAACCUGCGUUGAUCGAUGCUCAACCGAAGGCAGUAGGGGAGGUUGUUUUUGUGACGCAUUGUGCUCACAAUAUGGUGACUGCUGUUCAGAUUUUGAAUCUUAUUGCAGACUCCCGGAGAAUCGAGCUCUUUCGGUUAUCGGAAAGCCAGCUACACAGAGCACCACUUUCGGUGCAGCCUACGCAGCAGGAAAUGCUUUAGAUGGUAGUACCGACACAUUCUCCCUCACUGCCAACGGGGAUUCGCAUCCAUUGUGGCAAGUGGACUUACAGAAUGUUCACUGUUUGGGAACAGUUACUGUCAGUCUCGGACUAGAAGGCUGCUGCGUUCGUCUACGGGACGGAGGGUCCAUGUACGAAGGCCGAGUGGAGGUCUACGCCAACGGCCAGUGGGGCACCGUGUGCGACGACCAGUGGGACCUGAACGACGCCAACGUGGUCUGCCGUGAGCUGGGCUUCGGAGCGGCCGUGACAGCGGCCUCAGAGGCCGCGUACGGCCAGGGACAGGGACCGAUACAGCUGGACAAUGUGGCAUGCACGGGGCAAGAGAGUUCCAUCUUCGACUGCUCGCAUAAUGGCAUACAGCAGCACAACUGCGGGCAUCACGAAGACGCUGGGGUGGAGUGCUCAGAGCCGACAAAUGGAGAAGUUCGUCUACGGGACGGAGGGUCCAUGUAUGAAGGCCGAGUGGAGGUCUACGCCAACGGCCAGUGGGGCACCGUGUGCGACGACCAGUGGGACCUGAACGACGCCAACGUGGUCUGCCGUGAGCUGGGCUUCGGAGCGGCCGUGACAGCGGCCUCAGAGGCCGCGUACGGCCAGGGAGAGGGACCGAUACAGCUGGACAAUGUGGCAUGCACGGGGCAAGAGAGUUCCAUCUUCGACUGCUCGCAUAAUGGCAUACAGCAGCACAACUGCGGGCAUGGUGAAGAUGCUGGGGUGGAGUGCUCGGAGCCUACAAAUGGAGAAGGAAACGACCGUUUCUUUGGUGUUGUUGUACGUGCCGGUCUAAGCUCAAACUACACAGAGAACCAACCAUGUGGUUCGCCAGCUACAGCAAAUCAGUCUGUCGAUGGGGCAGUGAAUGAUUUCCUGUGUGCCCCACCACAAUUGGCCAGAUAUGUGAGUGUGGAUAUAGAUACCUCUUUGCCUGGGGUUACUGAAGCAAUCCUGGCGCUUGCUGAGGUGACUUUGCUGGAAUACCCAUACCUGGAGUGCGCUAUCGAUGGGGGGAGUUCCGAUCUGCAUCCGUGGUGGCAAGUGGAUUUGGGUGACGAACACUGCUUGGGUGCAAUCACCGUCACGCUCCGACAAGGCUGUUGUGGGCAGAACCGAUUCCUGGGAGCGGUGGUACGCGCAGGUCUGAGCUCAAACUACGCAGAGAACCAACCGUGCGGUUUACCAGCUACGGCGUCACAGUCUGCCACUGGGCAGAUGAGUGAGUUCCUGUGUGCCCCAGCACGCUUGGCCAGAUACGUGAGCUUGGACAUAGAUAUCUCCAGACCUGGAAUCACAACAGCAAUCUUGCAGCUUGCUGAAGUGACUGUAGAAGAGUACUCGUAUUCGGCAUGUGUUGCAACCUACGCUCUUUUGAUCAUUGGAAAGCCAGCCACUCAAAGCACCUCUUUCAGUUCAUCCUACCCAGCAGGAAAAGCUUUAGAUGGUAACAUCAACACAUUUUCACACACCGCCAACGGGGAUUUGCAUCCAUGGUGGAAAGUAGACUUAGAGAAUGACCACUGUUUAGGAAGAGUUACCGUCAGUCUCCGAAAAGUUUACGUUCGUCUACGGGACGGAGGGUCCAUGUACGAAGGGAGAGUGGAAGUCUACGCCAACGGCCAGUGGGGCACCGUGUGCGACGACCAGUGGGACCUGAACGACGCCAACGUGGUCUGCCGUGAGCUGGGCUUCGGAGCGGCCGUGACAGCGGCCUCAGAGGCCGCGUACGGCCAGGGACAGGGACCGAUACAGCUAGACGAUGUGGCAUGCACGGGGCAAGAGAGUUCCAUCUUCGACUGCUCGCAUAAUGGCAUACAGCAGCACAACUGCGGGCAUCACGAAGACGCUGGGGUGGAGUGCUCAGAGCCGACAAAUGGAGAAGUUCGUCUACGGGACGGAGGGUCCAUGUACGAAGGCCGAGUGGAGGUCUACGCCAACGGCCAGUGGGGCACCGUGUGCGACGACCAGUGGGACCUGAACGACGCCAACGUGGUCUGCCGUGAGCUGGGCUUCGGAGCGGCCGUGACAGCGGCCUCGGAGGCCGCGUACGGCCAGGGAGAGGGACCGAUACAGCUGGACAAUGUGGCAUGCACAGGGCAAGAGAGUUCCAUCUUCGACUGCUCGCAUAAUGGCAUACAGCAGCACAACUGCGGGCAUCACGAAGACGCUGGGGUGGAGUGCUCAGAGCCGACAAACUUGGGAGGAGGAGAAAAUCGUAAUCAAGGUGCUUUAGUGCGUGCUGGUCUCAGCUCUAACUACAUGGAGAACCAACCAUGUGGUUCGCCAGCUACAGCCAAUCAGUCUGUCGAUGGGGCAGUGAAUGAUUUCCUGUGUGACCCACGACGGUUGGCCAGAUAUGUGAGCGUGGACAUAGAUCCAUCUUUGCCUGGGGUUACUGAAGCAAUCCUGGCGCUUGCUGAGGUGACUUUGCUGGAAUACCCAUACCUGGAGUGUGCUACUGGUGGAGCUCUUUCUUUAAUUGGAAAGCCAGCUACACAAAGCACACCUUACCAGAACGGCCUAGCCUUCCCGCCAGAAAAAGCUUUAGAUGGUAAUACCAACACAUUUGCACACACCGCUAUUCCUCCUGAUCCACAUCCGUGGUGGCAAGUGGACCUGAUUACCACCCACUGCUUGGGUACAAUCACCGUCCAAAUCCGAAAACUAUGUUGUGGGCAGAAGCGAUUCCUAGGAGCGGUGGUACGCGCAGGUAUGAGCUCAAACUACGUAGAGAACCAACCGUGCGGUUUACCAGCUACAGCGUCACAGUCCGCCAACGGUGCAGUGACUCAAUUCCCGUGUGGCCCAGCACGGUUGGCCAGAUACUUGAGUGUGGACAUAGACCCCUCCAGGCCUGGUGUCACUUUUGCAGUCUUGCAGCUUGCUGAGGUGACCGUUGAAGAGCACUCAUAUGCAGAAUGUCCUGCAGCCUAUGUGAGUUGCUCUGGUCGAUGCUAUACCAAAGGCAGUCAAGGAGGAUGUUUCUGUGACGCGGACUGUUCAUAUUAUAGCGAUUGCUGUCCAGACUUCACUUCGCUGUGUACCCACUCAUCUGUUGAGGAUGUCUUUGGAGAAGCCACCUGUGUUGAUCGCUGUUACACCUCGGGCAGUCAAGGAGGAUGCUAUUGCGACUCCGCGUGUACGUAUUGGGGCGACUGUUGUUCAGACUUCACAUCCGUUUGCUCACGUCAACCCGAAAAUGAUGCAUUAGGAGCUGCUUCCUGUCAGUUCCGAUGUUCUACUAGUGGCAGUCAAGGAGGUUGCUAUUGUGACUCUGUCUGCCCAAAUUAUGGCGACUGCUGUCCUGACUACAGUAUCUAUUGCGUCCAUUCGACGCCUAGCGGCUCUGGUGGAACAUGUGCCGAUCGAUGUUACUCCUCGGGCAGUCAAGGAGGAUGCUAUUGUGACUCGGCGUGUACCUCUUUCGGUGAUUGCUGCUCAGACUUCGAUUCUCUUUGCAAACGCGCACCUGAAACUGAUGUCUCUGGUGAUGCUUCUUGUCAGUUCCGAUGUUUGACCAGUGGUAGUCAAGGAGGUUGCUAUUGUGAUUCCGUCUGCCCAAGUUACGGCGACUGCUGUCCAGAUUACAGUAUCUACUGCGUCCACUCCACGCCAGGCGGCGAAGGAACUUGCUUGAAUCGCUGUUACUCCUCGGGCAGUCAAGGAGGAUGUUAUUGUGACUCAGCGUGUACAUCGUUUGGUGACUGCUGUUCAGACUUCACAGUUCUUUGCACACGCCAACGUGAAAAUGAUGUCCUUGGUGAUGCUUCUUGUCAGUACCGAUGUCUCACUUUCGGCAGUCAAGGAGGAUGCUAUUGUGAUUCCGUGUGUCCAAAUUACGGCGACUGCUGUCCUGAUUACAAUAUGUAUUGCGUCCAUUCAGCUCCAGAUGACUCUGGCGAAGGUAAUAAAGUUUAUGUCUGGAAAAAAACGUUUCGUGGGGGUUGCAUGUUCACAAAAACGUUAAAGCCUCCAUAG